CGUGGAAACGGAUAACGCAAAAGCGAACAAGUGAAUAGGAGAAGAAAUAUAUUAAUUGCGAUUAAAAGAGACGUACAGAGAUUUCAAUAAUAAUGAAAUUAAAUUUGGAAAAAUACAUACAUAUAUCGAUACCAAGAAGUGCGCGUGACUUAAACGAUCUUAAUCAGUGUUGUGAAAUUCCAUGAAGAAGCUAAGCCGCAAAGCAGAGUCCCCGAAAACAUAACGGCAAAUGCGAAAAGUGCAGGAAAACGUGACCACCAAUAAUAAUUCUCGAGCAUAAUUUUUCGUAUUUCGUGUGUUCUUUUUUGUUUCGUUACCCCAUCGUCGCGCGUUUGCCUUGUGUUUUGUGUUAAAUGUAGUCAGCCAACAAACAAAUAUUCGAUAAUUCUGUGCGGCAUUAAUAUUGCCUUUAGUUCCAUUUACAUUCCGAUUGUGUUUAGUUCAAAAACCAAAACCAGAAAAAAAAUAGUAAACCAGAUACAAAAAGAAAAGCAGAAAAUACUGCAAAAAACAAGCAAGAAUUGUGAAAUUCGUAGGUUAAAACGAAGGGCGCCUCGAGUGCAAAUCAAUUAUAUGUGGCCCAAGUGCUAAGACGCGCCAAGAAUCCGCUAGCCAAGAUGACGGAGCACCAGGCCUCCGAGCCGGAGUCCGCGCCCGUGCCCCCGUCCAAGUUCAAGGACUCGGAGGAGGGCUUCCUCUCCACCUCGCCGGACAGCGCCAAUGGCGAUGCCCCCAAGGUGGCAACCAAGAAUGCCGUAUCCCUUGGGCAACAUCAUAGUGAUUCCGAAAUGAUGCCGGGCCACCAGCUGGUCCGCCUGGCCUUCCACCAGUGCUCCUGCCCGGAGCAGUGCGUCACCCUCAACAACAUUCUGGACUCGUUCAAGGCUCCACUGUCCGAGGACCAGGCCUGGGCCCUCAUCCACCAGUUCACCACGCUCUACUACAAAGUGGCCAUCCAGGCGCACAGCUGCCGUCCGGCGGACUACGAGUCCGGAUUGCCCGCCAGCUUUGAGCUGCACUUCCAUCGCGACGGCAGCGUGCACUUCUCUGGCAAGGAGCGUCUGCCUCCGCCUGGGGAUCAGCAGAGCGCGGAGCGGACCAAGGAGCACAAUGCGGAAUUGAACAUUUCCUCGCGGGACCAGCUGGACCACAGCGCCAGCAGCAGCACAACCACAAGCAACAGUACCAACGGCGGAGACGGCAGCGCCAUUGUCAUCAAUCGAGCCUUCGACAAUAACAAUCAUCAUCAUCAUCAUCACCAUAAUCAUCAUACGCCGCUAGUGGUUUCGCAUAGAAAG